GCGCAGAGCUGCAGUCAGUCAUCCCUCUUUUCUUUCUCGUUCUGUUCAAACAAGCAGCUCCGAGCAUUUCCGGGCUGAAGGAGAGACGCGGCGGUUACAUCGUCGCUGUGUUUGUAGGAUUCUGUCAUCAUGACAUCACGUGUCAGAACUGCUGGAACCAAUGGAAGCGACUUCAAACACAGAGAGAAGGUUGCUCCGCUUUAUCAGAUGAGUGCUUCCCUAAAAUCAGAGGUACGCAAACUGAACGUGGUGCAUCUCCUGAUCUGGCUGCUGGUGGCCGCUCAAGUCACCGUCAGUCACCUCCACCUGGUGUCACAUGACACCGUGUCCACGCCAUACCAGUGGGAGUAUCCGUACCUGCUCAGCGUCCUCCCUCUGCUGUGCAGCAGCCUGUCUCUCCCCAAGAACAAUAUCAGCUACCUGGUCUUAUCCAUGAUCAGCGCAGGGCUGUUCUCUGUGGCUCCUCUGAUCUACGGAGGCAUGGAGAUGUUCCCCGUGGCGCAGCAGCUGUACCGCCACGGCAAAGCCUACCGCUUCAUCUUUGGCUUCUCUGCAGUGACUGUCAUGUACCUCAUCAUGGUGGUGGCCGUUCAAGUGCAUGCAUGGCAGCUAUAUUACAUGAAAAAACUGUUAGACUCUUGGUUUGAUGCCACUCAGGAAAAGAAGAAGAAGUAAGCAUAAAUAUAAAUAUUACACCGUCAUAUAUCUUAUUUAGAUCAGUUUAUUAGUUCAACACAAUAUUUUGGCAUCCUGUGACUUUAAAUUAAAAAAAAGGGUGCUUAUUUUUCAAAGGCUUAAAAAUAUAAACUUUAAAGUCCCACUCCAAAAAUCUUUUAAAUUAUUGUGAAACUGCUCCCAGUGGUCUUUUAAUUGGAAUUAUGUCUUUUUUAGAAAAAAUCAAAAACAUGUGUCAUUUUCUAGGAAAUAGUUUGUCCAGAGGAGCAGGAGUUCAGAACUGUUGAGCCCACCCCCUUCCCAUCUUAUUUCAGAGCAGAGCUUUCAUUUUCUACGCCACAACUACACUUUUUUUUAAAAACACAUUUUUGUUGUCUGCUCCUGAUUCAACGAUUUGAAUGAAGAAAUACUCAGAAAUGCAAUUUCAACCUUAAUUGUCUUUAUUUGUGUCCUCCAUAAUGAGAAAAAAGCCACAAGAACAUGUGAAAAACACAAAGAACGCCAUUUUUGUCAGAGUGCGUCUUCAAAUCAAUCAGCACAGUAGUUUUCUGCAAAAACAGAAAAAGCUUUAAAGUUACAACACAACUAUGCACACUCUUACACACAUGUCAGGUAUAUUUAUUUCAACAUAAAAAAGCGGCAUCAGAUUCAAGAUAAUGAUUGAUAGUUAAAAAUAAUACAUUGAUUUAUAGAAUAAAGAAUUUACAGAAUAAAGAAUGCAGAGAUUGUAAGUCCCUUCACUGUUUCUUUAUACAAAGAAUAUAUCUGCUUCUCAUAAUUUCCAUUUUAAUUUCAAAAAUAAACAUUUUCAGACUUGUGUUAAUCCUGAUGUUGUCAUAUUUUCCUGCAGUUUUAUCAGAGUUGCAAUAAAGAUGAAGGUUUCAUUCAGUAAAUCUGAAUUUUAAUUAAAUACAUUUUUCAGUAAA